AUGACCAUCUUAUUAGACCUAUUAAAAUCCAAUCUUAAUAUCUCAUAAAGGAAGGAAUAAUCAGCGAUAUUAGCAACCUAUUAAGCAGGUAAUAAGUUUUUUAAUCAAAUAGAAAGCCCCAUAAUUAUUAUUAUGGUUAUAGCAGAAUCAAACCUAAAAACUAAAAUCAAAUAAUGCUAAAGAAGAAGAUAAAAAGUAAGGAGAUGGAUGUUUUGA